UUUUUUUUUUACAGACUUCAUGAGUUAGUAGGACGUCUUCGGUGCUCACACCAUGUAACUGUUAACGUUACCUGUUAUUCCGUUUUACACAUACAGUCUAUGGUUUUACACAGCCUGAGCAAUCAUGUCAGUGAAGCAUUCCAAGCCCAACUUGAGCCAGUCUCAGGUGGUUGAGUUGGUGAAGAGGCUCUUCAGGCUGACGCCAUCAGAAAUUCGCUCGCUGCCAAGCUACGAUGACCAGAACUUCUGUGUGACAGCAGUGGAGGGUGGCAAGUAUGUCCUGAAGAUAAUGAACUCAGAGGACAGUAAGAACCCCACCCUGUUUGAGGUGCAGACCUAUGCCAUGUCCUUUCUGCACCAAAAUGGACUUCCUGCCCAAACAGCCCUGCCCACCACCUCUGGACAGCUCAUGAGCCUGGAAGAAAUAGGUAUGAGACCAGUCACACAUUUACCUAAGGAAUAACAAUAAGAUGUAGAG